CGCGGUGCCCUUCAGCCGCCGCCGCAGUUCCCGGCGCCACAUGGACCCGGCCGGCCCGAGCGCGCUCCGCCGCUGACCGCCCGCGCCCGCCCGCGCCCCGGCCGGAAGGCAGAAGACUGCUGGCCACGCUCGCAUGUGAGUUCCGACCCUCGGAAGAACUGCUGAGGAAACACAACCAUCGUCAUGGAGUUUGUGAUGAAGCAGGCCCUGGGAGGGGCCACCAAAGACAUGGGGAAGAUGCUCGGGGGUGACGAGGAGAAGGACCCUGAUGCUGCCAAGAAGGAAGAGGAGCGCCAGGAGGCGCUGCGGCAGGAGGAGGAGGAGCGCAAGGCCAAGUAUGCCAAGAUGGAGGCGGAGCGCGAGGCCAUGCGGCAGGGCAUCCGAGACAAGUACGGCAUCAAGAAGAAGGAGGAGCGCGAGGCGGAAGCCCAGGCUGCCAUGGAAGCCAACUCGGAAGGCAGCCUGACGCGGCCCAAGAAGGCCAUCCCGCCGGGCUGCGGGGACGAGCCAGAGGAGGAGGACGAGAGCAUCCUGGACACGGUCAUCAAGUACCUGCCCGGGCCGCUGCAGGACAUGUUCAAGAAGUAACGCCCCCGGCGGUGGACGGCGGCCCGCCGAGCCGGAGCCCCCACCCCCGACCGUCCCCUUCGCCCACCCCCGCACAUGCCCUCCGCGGAGGCCCCCGAAGGGAUGUCGGGAGCAGAGUGCAGCCCCCCAACGCCAAUAUAAGCCAUAGUCCUAGGUGUGUCCGCCCCACGCCCCUCACGCCUCCGGAGCCUCCGCUCACCUCUCCUCCCCACCCCCUGCACUGCCAUCGCCAUCGCCACCGGGGAAGGGGCGUCCGACCUCUCCACCAACAUGGCCCCUGUGGUCUGUGCUGGAGGCCCCGGGGACUGGUCCACGUGCUCCUCUGGCCGCGGGUGAGUUGGGCCCUCCCCCCGAGCCGUCCUGGGACGCCCCUUGCUCCCACCCUUCGCCGCUCACCCAGCAGCGCCGGAGGCCGGGGCCACGGAAAGGGCCAGCCCCUCGACCACCCUCGGUGCGCCGUCCCUGCGUUGGUGGGCGUUUGUCCGGGCCCAAACUCAGGAGCACAGCCAUACUGGGGGGAGGCGCUCGUGCAGGCAGUCAUGGGGGCUGAGAGGGGCAAGCAGCUGGUGCCUGGGUCCCCCUGGGGCAGGGGCGGGAAGCCCUCCGGCUUGGGAUCAGCCUGGCCCCCCACCACCUCCUCCCCCACCGACACCUGAGUUGCUGGAUCUCUGCAUUUUCCUGUCCGCGGGUUGCCCACCUCUCUCCAUCUGCUCCUCUCAUAUUCUUCGUCCGUCUGACUGUCUUUUCCUCUCCCUUCUUGGCCCACUCCCCUGGAGGGCUUUGCUUCUUGGGAAUGCCCCGGCCCCGAUCUCUUCCAACCCAAGAGAAACAAAGCAAUAGGCUUAGGAGGAAAAGCUCAGACUCCGCCCCCUCCCCCCCCGCCCCUGUAACUCAUGCUCCCCUCUGAGUCUGGGCCCUGCGGCGCCCGGCCCACUCCCCUCCCUGGUUGGCACCUCCAGUCCUCUCCUCCGAGGCUGCUCUGGGGGGAUCCCCUGCCCUCUGGCCUCUGACCUUCCGCGGGAGCCGGGGAGGAGACCCGGAGCCCUCGGGGGCGCGACCUGUGCGUCUGGAGAGGCGGGUGGAGACAAAAGGCCCGUCCUUCCCCUCCUCCACCGUCCCCUCCUCGGCAGAGUGCGGCCUCCAGUUGGGGGCCAAGGGGUGUCCCUGGCCCAGCGGGGGCGGCGUUUGCCGGAAACCACCGCGGGCCGACCCACCUGGCCUCCCGGCCCUUCCGUUUUCUCCCUUGUUUAUUCUGCAUCACAAUAUGUUGAAUCUCAGGUAAAUGAGGUCUUCUGCAUCUGAGGAGUUUUAUCUCGACAGAAAGCCCUUUCUGUCCAUAUCGAGAAGUCAUCGUGUCCACGUGCUGCGGGCCGGGGCGUGGCCCUCCUUGCUCUUAGAGAAGCCAUAACACUAGACGGCAAUACGCGCCGCGCGCCCCUCCGUCCAGGGACGGAGAGCAUGUCCGCCGCCCGCGCUGCGCCCGCGUCCUGCGCCCGCGCCCGCGCCCCUCCCCGUCCGUCUUUUUUAAAAGCGUGUUUUCACACUUUAAAAAGCCAGCUCUGAGCAGGCAGGGCGUUGUGUCGUAGAAACCCCGCAUCGCUCCCCGCGCAGGGGGCGCCCGAGCAGCCGAGCUUGGUAGACCGUGGAUGUCGUCUGUCCGUCUGUCCCCGCGCUGCGCCCCCUCCUGCAUGUCGGAGGCCGCCGCGUGUGUUCCCUCCGGAUGGAAUCACAGCCAAUAAACACCGGUGAUUUCACCCUG